AAACAUACGGCACCAGGAGAAGUUACUGUGAUUGAAGUCACCACUUGAGUAACUUUACAAUGAUUCCCAGGCAUUUAACCAAUGAAUCUGUCUCUUAUACCGGCCAAACAAGCAAAGGUAUCAAACAAUCUCAGGAGAGAAUGAAUUCUAAGUGGAAAAUGCUGUUAUUAACUUCAUUUGCUUUAUUGCUGAUGUUGAUUAAGCAUCGCUCCCGAAUAAAGAACCACCUAGAGAAGAUAGAUCUCUGCUGGGAAAAUGAAAAAGAACUUCGGCUCUCAGACUGGUUUAAUCCCAAAAAACGUCCUGAUGUGAAAACGACAACUGAUUGGUUUGCACCGAUCAUCUGGGAAGGAACUUACAACAGACAAGUCCUGGAAAAGUAUUACAAAAGGCUGAACAUUACCAUAGGCUUGGCUGUAUUUGCUACUGGAAAGUUUGUGGAUCAGUACCUGGAACAGUUCCUCCAGUCUGCUAAUAAGCACUUCAUGAUUGGCUACAAUGUUAUCUUUUACAUCUUGAUGGAUGACUUCUCCAAACUACCUCCCAUAGAGUUGGGGCCCCUUCGAACAUUUAAACUAUGUACUGUACUCAAACAACAUGUGUGGAAAGACUUCAAUCACAUAUACAUGAAAAACUUGGAUAUGUACAUCAUAGAACAUAUCCAACAUGAAGUCGACUUUCUCUUCAGUAUGACUGUAAACCAGAUCUUCGAGAAUGACUUUGGGGUGGAAACCCUGGGCGAGUCUGUAGCUCAACUCCAUGCUUGGUGGUAUUUUAGACAUGCUGAAAAUUUCCCCUAUGAGAGAAGACCUAAAUCAGCAGCUUUCAUCCCUUUUGGAGAGGGAGAUUUCUAUUACCAGAGUGCAGUUUUUGGUGGCACACCCCGUGAGGUUUUAGCCUUCAUUAAAGAAUAUCAAAAAGGAGUUACCAGUGACAACAGAAAUGGACUCAAGAGCAUAUAUGAACAUUAUUUAAACAAAUAUUUGUUUAUCAAUAAACCCACUAAGUUGUUAUCACCAGAAUACAAUUGGGAUCCAAAUUUUAGAACUCCCCCACAAAUUAAACAUGUGAAGAUAGCAUGGCAUUCAAAGAGCAUUUGA